ACUGCGGCUCUGACACAACUCCGGCUCGGUUGAGAGAAGCUUGACAGUUUGUGGGGAGAAAAAAAGAAGAGGGGGGACUCUGGUGGUUUGGACGCCCCCUUCAUCCUCCUCUACUCCGUCUUUCUGGGGAUUCCUACUUUUUUGCCCUCUCUCCUGUGCCUCCUCCUUGCUGUAGUGUGACUUUUUUUGGGGUGGAGAGAUUUACCGUGCGCGCUCUCCGGACAUGUCUUUCCCUCAGCUGGGGUACCCCCAGUUCCUCAGCGCCUCCCAUGAGGUGUACGGGGGCGAGCGGCCGGCCUCUGCCCGGGAGGGAGCUGCCGAGGGCGGCUUGAGCUCCUCUGCCACCGCCGCGGCUGUCGGCUCCAUGCUGGGGAUGUACGGGAGCCCGUGGGUGGCUCACAACUACAGUGCCUUUCUGCCGUACAGCGGAGCCACAGACCUCGCCCUCAUCUCCCAGAUGGGCUCCCAGUAUGAGUUGAAGGACAGCCCGGGCUCCCACCCGGCCUCCCUGCCUGUCCACGCCGCGCAGGGCUUCUACCCGUACGGCCAGUAUCCGUACGGAGACCCGUCGAGGGCCAAGACGGCCACGCGGGAGACCACGAGCACCCUGAAGGCCUGGCUGCAGGAGCACCAGAAGAACCCGUACCCCACCAAGGGGGAGAAGAUCAUGCUCGCCAUCAUCACCCGGAUGACGCUCACACAGGUGUCGACGUGGUUCGCCAACGCGCGCAGACGCCUGAAGAAGGAGAACAAGGUAACCUGGGGCCGCAGCGCCGAGGACCGGGACGGCCGCAUCUUCAGCAGUGACAACGAGGACGAGCCCGGCAAGAACGGCAGCGACGACGAAGACGAAGAUGAGGAGAUCGAUCUGGAAACUGUGGAUAUCGAGAGACCCGAGGAGCAGUGCGCACAGGAGGAGGAGGGCUCCGCCAAAGUCGAGGCCGAGGCGGGCCUGUCCGCCAGAGAGCAGGCCUCGGAGCCUCGGAGCUCCGAGAGCGGCAGGACGCUUUCUGUGGAGGGCCUGAGAGGAGUGGAGGCGGCCAUUUCUCUUAAUAAAUCGCCCGUUGUCAAACUCGCAGUGGAUCAUUCUCCCAGCAGACAGGAGUGCCAGAGACCGGCUCAGAGCAAGCCCAAAAUCUGGUCCUUGGCAGAGACCGCCGCAGCCCCCGACAGCUCUCACAAACCUUCCCCUGCGGCUCAUGCGCAUCACCCGGCUUUGGCCUCGGCCGGCCACCCGGCCUUGCUCCCGGGUCAUGGGAUAUAUACGUGCCAGAUUGGCAAGCUUCACAACUGGGCCAACGCGGCUUUUCUGAACGCCAACUCUCUUUUGAACAUGAGGUCGCUCCUCGGCGGGGCGCCGGCCGGACACCUGCCUCUCCACGGCUCGGUGCCGGCUGCGCGUCAUGACGCACGGCCGGUUGCGGCGGGCCCGAGCACUUCGGGAACGGAGGAUGACAGUGACGUCGAGUCGUCGGGAAGCUUCAGUCCAAAAAGAGAUGACGAAGAGAGCGACCACAGGCCCGAUCCCCUGAAGUUCCAGCUGAUCACUGACAGACCUCACCAUGGCACAGCAUCACAACGGGUCCUGACAACAACAUUAUGAGAAGACCCAGAAAAGAAAAAGAGAAAGGAAUCAUUUUAUUUAACGGAGAACAGUUUAACGAAGGAUAUUUUUUUUCCAGCCAGGGCACCUGUCAUAGUAUUACUGUAUAGCUUACAUGCGAAAGACAUGGUUGGUUUUGUCACAGAUUUGCUUGUAUCUCUCUUUCAUGUCCUAUGUUUUUUUUGUUUGC